UUAAGGGGAGCAGAGAAGAUGUUGAAUGCCACCAAGGCCGGGGCUGGUCUGAUUUACCAUGUGAAACCAGGAGGUCUGACUGGCAGGCCUGUCAUAUGGUUGGUUUCCCAUGACAGUCUGGCAGAGUCCAGAGUCCAGCAGAGUCCAGCAUUCUGACAAGAGAGAAUGCAGUAUUCAGAAAUGCGGAUUGCCAAAGUGGUGCAGCAACUUUCCGGCAUUAACUGCAUCCGCCGUCCCAGAACAUGUCGUUGACCAACACAAAGACGGGUUUUUCGGUGAAGGACAUUUUGGACCUCCCUGACACAAACGAUGAGGAAGGAUCUAUCACUGGCACUGAGGAGGAUACGGAGGGCUCGGAGUCGACUAAAACACCUGGAGUGCUGGUGCAAAGCCCGUUAGAGAAUGUCCAAAACCUGCCUUUAAAGAACCCUUUUUACGAUAACACUGACAAUCCAUACACCAGGUGGCUUGCAACUACCGACACCAUUCAAUACUCAUUGCACGGUCUAUCUGCAACCUCUCAGGACUCGUCCGCUAAAUCUCCUGAGCCGUCAGCAGACGAGUCACCCGACAACGACAAGGAAACUUCGAGCAGCGGCAGCGACUCCGGUAAGAAGCGCAAGCGGCGAGUUCUGUUCUCCAAAGCACAGACGUAUGAGCUGGAACGACGUUUCCGACAGCAGCGCUACCUCUCAGCCCCCGAGCGGGAGCACCUGGCCAGCCUGAUCCGUCUCACGCCCACUCAAGUGAAGAUCUGGUUUCAGAACCAUCGCUACAAGAUGAAGCGAGCCCGUGCGGAGAAAGGUAUGGAAGUGAGCCACCUUCCUUCCCCGCGGCGCGUGGCCGUGCCCGUGUUAGUCAGGGACGGCAAACCAUGCCACGCGCUAAAAACUCAGGACCUGGCGGCCACGUUUCAGGCGGGCAUCCCGUUCUCUGCCUACAGCGCUCAGUCUCUGCAGCACAUGCAGUAUAAUGCGCAUUACAGCGCCGCCGCCACGCCGCACUUCCCCACGGCGCACUUGGUGCAAACGCAACAGUGGACCUGGUGAAGCCGUAGUGACUUUUUGUUUUGUUUUGCCAGGGCUGCGUUUCAAAGACCUCGUUAGAGAGUUUUUUAUUCUCCAACGAAAAUAAAGAAAAGACUGAUUUUCGCAGCUCGACCCAUUCUCGCCGUUUCAUUUUCGGGGCUGAUGUGUGCGCCGUGUUUACAUUUGUUUUCGUUCAGAAAACCGGGUCCAGCCCUUUCUCCCAGAUCCGAGAAUGUUGAAGCUCUUGUGAAAUUUUGUAAAAAUAUUAUUGUGUGUUGUAGAAAUGUUUUCCUUUUUGUCCCUCGUGUUACAAGCACGUACAAGACCACUUUAUAAUUAUAGAAAAUUUUAUUUCUAGCUUUUACGAUGGACCGAAUAUAUUUAUGGCCAUGAAUAAAACAUUGGCAACUUUUAGCUUAUUUUAUUUGGUUUCAUUUUUUCGUUGUAAAUAUCUGUGUUAAGUGUAUGCAAUGCAGAUAUAUUUGGGCGCUCACCUAGUUAUGAAGACAUAGAUAUAUUCCCAGG